ACUUCCCAAAGUUGUGUUCGUAGUAGUUGGCGAACUAGCUGCAGGGCUAAAUGCUGGCUGAUAGGCUAAAAUGCAGUUCCCAGCCUCAUUACUAUAAAUUGUGUAGGUGAAAUUGUUUAUAGUAUCACUAAGGUAAUAAUUUAACUGAAUCCAUAAACUGUUAGAUUGUCCUGAAAUUUUAUUCGAUGAAGUUAAUUAGAUAACCGGUGCGAAUGUUGCGGCGUUUGUCCAUUGUGCCCCUGCCGUUGACAAAUAUGUAUCUUUAGGUGUUUCCUUUAGAAUGAAAACCUCUGAAAUCGUUGUUAAAAUUGAUAUAGGCUUAUAGAGGACGUUAGAAUAAAGAAUAUACACUGCCGCAGAAUUAUAAUUUUAAAUAUAGUUGCAUAUAAGGUUAAAAAAUUUAAGUACGUAAUUAAACUUUACUCUUACACUUUGCACUUUUUCUAUUUUAACCUUUCUCUAAUUUGUUUCUAAAAGUUGUAUAUCUAUUUAAUAUAUUUUUAUAUAACUAUAUACAAUUAUUUAUCUUAGUAUUCAAUUCAAUUUAUUCACACAAUAACAAUAUGUUUGCAUGAUAACAAAUCCCAAGUGUUACCAUAUCUACAUUUUUUGCAAACGAAUCAAAAGAAAUAUAGAAGAAAUCUUAUACCCCAAAUACCGGAAACAGAUACCCACAUUUUAAACUUUCAGCUCAGGAGUUCUUUCCAAGGGUGUCAUUAUGCGAGACUCUCUUAUUUUUCUCUCAAACGUUUUCUCUGAAUAUGUCGUUUGCUAAGGAGAUCAAGGAAUUUUAAACAGCUUAUAUUAAAAAAGGCGAGAGCCAGCAAUAAGCCUGCUAAAACUAACUGACAAAAUCAAUGCGAAACGAAAUGUCAAGACGCUGAUAAUAUUGAAACCCGAGCAACAAAAUUUUUUUUUUAGCUAUUCUGUGUUAUAAAUUCUUAAAAUUUCUAUGUAAAAAGUUCUUCAUAAAACCGGAAUAUUUUAUUAUGAGUUGUAUUGAUUUUUUUUUACAGUUUUUCCAUUUAUAUAUUAUUUUUUAUGUUAUAUGAAUUUUGAAAUGUUUUGAUAAUUUAUCUACGUUUGUAUCUAAUAUAUAUUUUUAAAGUGAAUACACGUUUACAUUGACCUAUUUAUUUCUUUUAAUAAACACCAUUAUUAUGAAUGAAUACUGGCCCGAUAAAUAAUGAACAUGUAUUCACUUUUUUCUCAAUUCUCACAAUGAACCACGAUCCAAACAUCACAAUAAUCAUUGCACGUGUGUGACAGACACCUUUAUAAGCGACAAAUGUUUUCAUGUCGGAACUUAGACAUAUUUCAAUAUUUACCUGAAAGUACGGAAAUAUUCAACACUUUAUAACUUACUAUAAAAGCAACCCUAAAUUCAAUGUACAUAUUCAGACAGUGCUGCUUCAAAUUAUAAAUAGCGGUACAACGAAUUGAAAAUGAGAAUAUAAUAAUAUUCUCUAUAAAUGGUAAAUAUUUUUAGAGUCAAUGUUAGAAUUUUUUAAUAUACCAUUUUACCAGCGUUCAAAAACAAUAUUAAUAUCAAUUAAAUUGGUUAUUUAAGUGAAAUAAACUACAUACUUAAUAAGUUAUUUAUUUGGAGGUGCCCGUUUUGGGGAAAAACCCGAGCUCUUGCAACAUUGUUUUGUUAUUGUUUAUGUUUUUAGAGUAUUUGCUGCAAGUUGCACGUUGUUAUUUUUUUAUAUCCCACAUUAAACUUUAAUAAAAAUCAUAGUAAAUAAUUAUAUAAAAUCAAAUGGAGGAUCAACAAUCAGUAUCAUAUGCAGCCACGCUCAAAGACAUAGUUAGUUUUAUGAAUCCCUUGGAGAGAGAGGAUUUGAUAUCAAUUUCACUUACACAUGUGCUCUCUUUGAGUGGUUCAAUUGAAGGCAAAAAGGCAAUAUUGCAACAUGACGAAGUAUUGGUGGCGGUCUUUAAUCUUGUCAACCACAAAUUUAAAGAAAUAGCCAAGUAUGCUGUAUUAACGCUCAUUAACCUAACUGCAGAUGAGGAAGACGCCAAAAAGGUGUUUGAAAUUGCAAAAUCAUUGAAUCCGGCUUUCCCCUUUAUAUCAAUUGCAAUUAAGGAAAUAGUCGAUGAGAAUUCAAAGUCUGCCGAUCCCUGGACAAUGGUGCUAAGUAAUUUAACACGUAGUGAGAACCUAGUUGAAGAAAUAAUUGUUGAAUUGGAAAAGGAAAGCACAACGGUACCUAAAUUACUUGAAGCAUUUACGAAAUUGGAUUAUAACAAACAAAAUAUGAAACUGCAUUAUUUGGCUGCUAUAUUUUGUAAUUUGACACAAACUGCAAGAGGUCGUGAAAUUGCUUGUGAAGCCAAAUAUGAUUUCCUCGAAAAGAUAUUACCGUUCACCUCGUAUGAAGAAAAUAUUGUGCGUCGGGGCGGUACAAUAGGUAUUUUAAAAAAUAUUUGCUUCGAUCCGGUCUACCAUAAUAUUAUUUUAAACGAAAAGGAUGACAUAUUGCAUGCGAUAUUGUAUCCACUUUGCGGUCCCGAAGAAUUCACCGAUGAAGAAAAUGAUAAACUACCUCUGGAACUACAAUAUUUACCUGAAACGAAAACUCGCGAGGAAGACCCAGAUUUGCGCAAAAUGCUUUUAGAGUCACUGCUGCAGCUGUGUGCAACAAAGCGUUAUCGCGAAGUUUUGCGUUCUAAAGGCGUAUACGAAAUAUUGCGUGAAUACCAUAAAUGGGAAGCGAAGUUUGGCAAAGAUACCGAGUGUCUAUUGGCAUGUGAAAACGUCGUUGAUAUUCUAAUCAAGAAAGAGGAAGAAAUCGGUUUGGACAACUAUAAAGAAGUGCAAGUACCCGCUGAUGUUGCGGAAAAAUUUGUAAAAGAAGAUAUUGAAUACAUGGAGGAUCUUUUAUAAUUUACAAUAAAUUAGAGAAUAUAAAAUAUUAUUAUAUAACACUAAACAGUUUAAGAAUUUUAAAAUUUGCUGUCGAAAAUAAAGAAUAAUGAUAAGUAUAAAUAAAAACAGGGUGCGUGCAGUCCCUCCGCGCGGAAGAAGUAA